AUUAAACUGUACAUUAAUAACUCUACACUAGAGUGGAAGAAAUUGAAUAAAGAAUAAAAUGCUGUUUUGUCUUGUGCAUAUGAACUCUUUUUUAUUUCAUGACUAUUACAUAGUGAAAUUAUAUCUGAAACAUACUUUCUGUAUUAAUUAUAUUGGUUAAUGACCUAUUGUGUGGAGGCAAAAGUAGCUUAAAAAAAGAUUUUGAAAAUGUCAUGUCUGCUGUUUGCGGUUAAUUUAGUACGAAAUUUGGAAAUUAUGACUUUUGUAUAUUGAUUAAUAUCUUAAUAACAUGAUGUAUGAAGGGCAAUAAUUCAGUUAGAUUUGUUUUCAGAAUGGAAAUAUUGUCCAAAUACUCUCUAGUCACUUUCGAAAUAUUGAACGAAAUGUAUGUAGCAAUUGGAACAGGUGUUUUGGGAAUCUUGUAUCUCCUUAAAAAAGGAUUUCAUAGAUAUGAUACUAUCCGUACUUUAACAAUUGUUUCAAUUACCACUGUUAGUGUAGCAUAUGUUAAUAAAAGAAACCGAAAACAACUACAAGCGAAUAAGACUAAAGUUGUUUGUAUAACAGGAUGCGAUUCAGGACUUGGGUUUUCUUUAGCACAACAUACUGUUGAUAUGGGUUUUACAGUGAUUGCUGGAUUUUUAAGUUUAGAAUCCAAAGGCUGUAAAGAUAUUCGUCAGAAGUAUGGAAAAAAUAUAAUUCAAAUACAACUUGAUAUAACAGAUACUAAUAGUGUUAGAGCUGCUGUUCAAACCAUUGAACAUUUUUUAACGAGAAAUUCUGGAUAUUCUCUACAUGCUAUUAUCAAUAAUGCAGGAAUAAUGGUAUUUGGAGAAUUUGAAUGGUUAACUGAGAAUCUCAUACAUCAACAGGUUGAAUUAAAUCUGAUGGGCACUCUAAGAUUCACCAAUGCUUUUUGCCCUCUUCUUAGACUUCAUCAAGGCAGAGUAAUAACUGUUACUAGUCACUGUGCACAAGCUGCCCUUCCUGGAAUAGCUGUGUAUGGUGCAACAAAAGCAGCAUUAUCAGCAUUUAAUGAUGGUUUUAGAACAGAAAUGAGUAAAUAUGGAGUGAAGGUUAUUCAAUUCAUACCUGGCUCUUUCACUUUACAAAGUAAUAUAAUGGCCAAGCAGCUUCAGUAUGUGCAAGAAAUGCACGAUAAUUUUACUCCAGAACAACAUGCAUUUUAUAGCGACUAUUUUAAAGCCUACAAUAUCUAUUUGUCAUUCCUUACACCACCACCAAGUCCAAUAAAAAUUGAUGAUCCCAAGUUAUACGUAGAAUAUGAAAAGACUCUACUAGAUGAACACCCAUGUAUUGUAUACAAAAAUGAGAAUUGGAGAUAUUGGUUUUAUCAUAAUCUAUUCAAAUUCAGUCCUUGGUUCCUGCGAGAUUAUUUUGUUUUAAAAUUUAUGUCUAUGCCCAAUUAUGUACCUAGCGAUACUAAUAUAAGUAGCGAUAGUUAUGAUGGGAGUGACGAUCUUGUAUUGUGAAGUGAAUAAAUGCAAAAUAUUUCAAAUAUAUUUCAUUUUACAUUUAUAA